UUCAGGCCAGCCUAUGAAGGUAUCUACAAAGACUAAAAGGGUCUUGUACCUUUUGCAAUGUGGCAAGUGGAUGAAAUCUAUCUGCCAAUCCUCACCAGGAGGAGCCAUCUGUGAACCAGUCUAUCUCUGCCUCAGGGAGAGGAGAAUCUUUGAGGUCUGGUCUACUGGAAAAGGUGUAGUCUAUCAACUCCUCACAGUCAUGGGAGAUAGGAUCUCCUGGAAGAGAGAGAAGGGUAGCUGGAUUCAGUGUCCUGCAUAUCUUUCAGGAUUCCCCUCAAGAAAAUGGCCUCAAUCAAAGAGAGCAUGAAGACAAGGGGAGACCUCUUGGAGAAGUUGAAAAUGGAACUUGGGACACAGAUCAAUGAAAAUAAUUCCAUGGAUACAGUAUUGUCUCUUGGUCUCUACAAUUUUGUGGAUAACCAGUAUUAUGGUGAGAUCAGUAUUGGCAGCCCACCCCAAACCUUCAAAGUCAUUUUUGACACUGGCUCUUCUGACUUUUGGGUACCCUCCAGCCAUUGUGACCCAGUGGACUCAAUAUGUGAGUUUCACAAUCAAUACGACGCCUCAAUAUCCUCUACUUACAGACCAAAUGGGUCUGAGUUCUUCAUUGAGUAUGAAUCAGGCUGGGUUGAGGGCUUCUUGAGCCAGGAUACAUUGACUAUUGGUGGAAUCAAGAUGACUCAGGCAUUUGUUGAGGCCACAGAAUUCUCCGUAAUACCCUUUGGACUGGCCUGGUUUGAUGGAAUCCUGGGACUGGGCUACUCUGAACAGUCAGUGAGCAGAAUCACUCCUGUCUUUGACAACAUAAUGACACAAGGGGUGCUGGAGGAAGAUGUCUUCUCAAUCUACUACAGCAGGACUUCAGGUCAGAAAGCUGGAGAGCUGAUACUGGGAGGCAGUGACCCCAACUAUUACCAAGGGACUUUCCACUACAUCAAGACCAGCCAUCCAGACUUCUGGCAGAUCCCAAUGCAAGGUGUUGCUGUAGAGUCUCAUGUGGUGUCCUGUGAGGCUGGUUGUGAUGCAGUUGUGGAAACAGGAUCAUCCUUCAUCACAGGUCCAACCGAUUCCAUAAGUGAACUGAUGAAGAUAAUUGGAGCAGAGAAACAUGGGAAAGAGUAUCUUGUAGAAUGUGACCUGGCAUCCACGCUCCCAGAUAUCUCGUUCAACUUUGAUGGCAAAGACUUCACACUCCAAGGUUCUGACUAUGUCUUAGAGAAUGAGGACAGCAGCAAUGAGAUGUGCCUGGUGGCCCUUCAUGGAAAGAAUAUAGGACCUCUGUGGCGCCUGGGAACAACAUUCAUCCAAAAGUUCUACAUUGAAUUUGACCGGCACAACAAUCGUAUUGGUUUAGCCUUGGCAGCCUGACCUGUCUCUGCUCACAUCCCUGUUGGAUCCUACUUUUUCCAUGUUGUGCUUCACUCCUUGGGACAGGGGCAAGUCCCUCCAUCAAGCUCUCAAAUCCUGCAGGCCACUGUUAAUGUUCUGCUUUAAUGGAGAAUAGAAUAAAGUUUCAUUGCUCAAA